AUGCAGCGCCGUAAAUCACUCACACUCAACUGGGACGGUCUCCGAGACGACGAUGAAGACGACGACCACUUCUUCGAGACGCGCGAACGUAUGUCCUCCGCCGCUCCGAUCGAUCUGGAAGCUUCUUCCUCCGAUGAAGACGAUGGCUUUGAAGACAGCCGCAUGUCGUUUAGCGCCAACAUCUCUCCCAAACGAUCCGAGAGAGUCAAGCCAAUUCCGGUGCCCUUCGCCUCCUUGGGCUCCGAUUACGACAUGUGGAUCGCGUCUCCAGGAUCAAUCACGGAGCGAAGAAAACGGUUACUUCUUGGUAUGGGUCUGGACGAGAACAAAGAGUUCUUAAGAAUCACAAGCAUGGCUCUGGAUCGCGCCAUUUCGGAAAAAUUUGAAAACGACCAGGCCGAUUGUUCACCUUCAACACCAACAAGCACAAGUAAAUCUUCUCCUUCUCCUCCUCAUUCAUCUUCUUCCACCGUAAGUUCACAAUCAGAGGUUAAACAGCAUAGAAGGUCAAGAAAGCCGUCCAUCAUUCCCUUCGUUCUGGGUCGCUCGCGAUCUGAAGGCGACAUUGACUCCUUCUCGAUGCCAAAAUGCAGAAAAGAGGAAUUCAUCGGUAAAGUCUCCAAGCAACGCCUCACGAGAACCACAUCGGACGUGACAUUUUCUCGCGGCGGCUCUCGUCCCUGCCAAGGUGAAUCCCGAGCUGCACUGAAAGGUAAGGAGAAACCGGGGCGGUCGCCACGGCAGCACGGCUCGAAGAUGACGUCGGUGAAGUCUAACUGGGGAUUAGGGGCUUUCUUCUUGAUCAAGAAUUUGGACACGGGAAAAGAGUUCAUCGUUAACGAGUCAAGCGAAGACGGGAUGUGGAACAGGCUAAGCGAUCUGCAAACGGGGAAGAAAUUAACAAUGGAGGAAUUUGAACGACACCUUGGGCAUUCCCAGAUGGUGAAAGAGCUAAUGAGUCGUAACAAAGUCGCCAGAAGUACCAGCGACGGUCUUGGGUACGAUAGAAAACUCACAACACAACAUUCAUAUUUCUCAAAGAGCUUAAGGAAGAGCAAAAGAACAGGGGCGGCUCUGUUGAAGAACAUCAAGGGAGUAGCGUCUGGGUUCAUCGGCGAGAGAGAAAGAGAUGAACCACAGAAAUCGUCAUCGCUGUCCGCACAAUUGUCAACUUCUGAGCAGAAGCCCACGAAGAACGAACAGUGGGUGAGAGUACGGCAGAGUGGUAAAUCCAUGAAGGAGCUCUCAGCUCUGCAUCUGUGUCAGGAAUUUCAAGCUCAUGAAGGAUGUAUCUGGACGAUCAGGUUCAGUAAUGAUGGCCAUUACUUGGCGAGUUCAGGGGAAGACAAGGUAAUUCACGUAUGGGAAGUUCAAGAAUUUGAGGUUACGUCGAUGAAGCCAGACGAAGGGAGUCUAACUCCGAUUCAUCCAUCGUUACUUGGAACCCCAGAACGAAAUGGGAAGGAAGAAUGGCAUGAGAAGAAGAAGAAGGGGAAACAUGGAAGCAAGAGAGGAAGUAGUUUUACGAUUCCGGAUUAUGUUCAUAUCCCUGAAACAGUGUUUUCUUUCUCUGAGAAACCUCAUUGCUCUUUCCAUGGCCAUUCCGACGACGUUCUGGACCUGUCUUGGUCUAGAUCUCAGUUACUGCUGUCAUCGUCAAUGGAUAAAACAGUGAGAUUAUGGGACAUGGAAAGCAGGGCGUGCUUGCAGGUGUUCACCCACAGUGACUAUGUAACGUGCGUACAAUUCAACCCAAUGGACGAAGACUAUUUCAUAAGUGGGUGUCUGGAUGCUAAGGUGAGGAUAUGGAAUAUACCUCAACGCUUUGUAGUGGAUUGGAUCGAUGCCCACGAAAUGGUCACUGCUAUUUCUUACACCCCUGACGCUCAAGCUGCUUUUGUUGGUACUCAUAAAGGAAGUUGUCGCAUGUAUAGCACAGAAGAUUGCAAACUAAGUCAAAUAGGCACAGUUGAGCUUCGGCGAAAGAAGAAAUCUCACUUAAGAAAGGUGACUGGUUUUCAGUUUGCUCCAAGUAAUCCAUCAGAAGUGCUUGUUACCUCAGCUGAUUCCAGGAUCAGAAUUGUGGAAGAUUCCAGAGUUGUUCAUAAGUUUGUAGGUUUUCGAAAUGCAAACAGCCAAAUAUCAGCUUCAUUUAGUCCAGAUGGAAGAUACGUGAUAAGUGCAAGUGAAGACUCUAACGUAUAUGUGUGGAAGAAUGAAGGCCACGCAAAAGCCAGGAACUUGAUUCUGACUCAAUCCCACGAGCAAUUCCAAUGCAGAGAUGUGGCAAUAGCAAUACCAUGGCCUCGCACCAUCAAGGGUGACCCUCCAGUAGGGCCAGCCCUACACUCGAAGAGGCACACAAAACAUUCUUCAGCCCCUCCAGCUCCUUCAUGCGGAUCUCCACAUCACCAUUCUAAUAACAACAAUAAGCCAACAUUUUUGCCUCCUCUUCCCAAAAAGAAGAACAACCAUAACCAUGGCUCUGAUACUGCCUCCCCUUCCCGGGAAGAGGAGCCCUCGGCCAUUUCACGUACCCUGUCUGGGAUUGGAGGGAUUUCAUUCACUCAUAGUGGUAGUAAGAGCAGGUGGUCCCCAUUUUCUAGGAAGAGCAGUAAUAAUGGUCACCAUGCCAUGGAAGAGGAAGACCCUGGAGCCAUAUCUCGCACCAGUUCUGGACUUGGGGACUCGUUUUCUUCUUCUGAGUCUGCUUCCAUGAGGUAUUGCGACUCGCCUUCUUCCAUGUCUGCUUCUGGUAGAUCACCUUCUGCAUCUUGGUCAAUGCAGUUUGACAAUGGCCUUGCCAAUUCAAGUUCUCAUGCUUCAGCUUGGGGCUUGGUCAUUGUAACAGCUGGGUUUGGAGGUGAAAUCAGGUGUUACCAAAAUUUCGGCUUACCUAGAAAAGUAUGA